UAAAAAGCGCAAUUUUAAUUUGAAAUAAUUAUGGACCCGCGAUUAGUAUGCUUGAAUGUAGCUGAGAAACCAUCUGUAGCGAAAGGAGUCUCAAAUAUACUGGCCAAUGGAAGGUACAAAACCAUAAAUGGCCAAUCAAAGUAUAAUCCAGUUUACAACUUUAAUUACGAAGUUGAGGGCAAGAAGUACAAUAUGAAGUUUACCUCAGUGCUUGGACAUGUCAUGAGCAUUGAUUUUCCUGAUUCAGUGAGUAACUGGGACAAGACACCCUUUGAGAAACUGUUUACGAUCCCAGUCAAAGUCCAGUGCAUGAAUGGGCAAGAGAAGAUUGUUAAGAAUUUAAAACUCCACAGUAAUAAUAUUGACAUGAUUAUCCUUUGGCUUGAUUGAGAUCGUGAAGGAGAAGGUAUUGCUUUUGAGGUUUUAGACAUCUGCAAGAAGAUUUCCCCUCGCUGAGUCGUCAAGCGAGCCCAUUUUUCAGCAGUCAAUAAAUACGAUAUUAUGAAAGCUAUGGACACUUUGACGAGGCCUGAUCGUAAUAUGGCUGAUGCUGUUCAAGCAAGGCAGGAAAUAGACUUAAGAAUUGGGGCUAGUUUCACUAGAUUUCAGUCAAUUUAUUUUAAAUCUAUCUUAGGAGUUAGCUCUGGACAGCCAGUUAGUUACGGUCCUUGUCAAUUCCCUACCCUUGGAUUUGUGGUGGAAAGAUACCAGAAGGUAAGGGACUUCGUACCUGAGAAAUACUGGUAUCUUGAUCUUCGGUUGGAGGUUGACGAAUAUUCAGUGAAAUUUCAGUGGGAUCGAGGAAAGAUUUUUGACAAAGUGAUUUGUUUCAUAAUUUAUCAGAAAAGUGUAGAAGCUGGGAAGGCAAAGGUUACCAAGUACCAGACAAGGAAGACUACAAGGAGAAGGCCUCAGCCACUUAAUACUAUUCAGAUGCAGAAGUUGAUCUCUUCGCGAUUAAAGAUCAGUCCGAGUAAUGCAAUGAAGAUUGCUGAGAAGUUAUACAACAUGGGUUAUCUAAGUUAUCCAAGAACUGAAACUACACAAUUCAAGAAAGGAUUUAAUCUAAAAUAAGCUUGUCCAGAACAUUAAAGACAACAGUAGUUGGGGUGACUUCGCCAACAAACUACUUGAAGGAGACAUGUAUGGAGGGCCUAGAAAUGGCUCUAAGGAUGAUAAAGCCCAUCCUCCCAUACAUCCAGUGAAAUUGGCUCAUAAGAGUCAACUAGACAAUAGCCAGUGGAGAGUCUAUGACUUGAUCUGCAGGCACUUUUUAGCAGUUGUUUCAAAAGAUGCAGUUGGAAAUGAAACAACACUUGAGUGCACAGUAGGCGAAGAGUUAUUUUCAUCCAAAGGGAUAACAAUUUUACAGAAAAAUUACCUCGAAGUUUAUCCUUUCGAAAAGUGGGGUGAAAGCAUUAUCCCUCAAUACAAAGUAGGCGAGACUUUUGUGCCAACAUCUUACAUGAUGGAAGAGUCUCAAACCUCUAGUCCAAAGCUACUGACUGAAAGUGACUUAAUCUCAAUGAUGGAUAAAAAUGGUAUUGGGACAGAUGCUACUAUUCAUGAACAUAUUCAGACGAUUCAAGACCGGAAGUAUGCUAUUAAAGAUAAGUCUGAGCUGAAGCCGACUCCUAUUGGAGUAAGUUUGGUAGAGAUGUACCAGGAAAUCAACAUUAAUCUCCACAAGCCUUCCCUCAGAGCCCAGAUGGAGAAGGAGAUGACCCUUAUUGCUGAAGGAAAGAAGGAAAAGGAAGAAAUGCUCAAGUCAGCUAUCACUGAAAUGGCGAAAAUUUUCAAACUUUGAGAGAAAUCUAAAAACAAAAUGGCUGAAAUUCUAAGAGAAAAAAUUAUUAAAUGAAAGAAAGAUUCUGGAAUAAAGUUUUCAGAAGAAAGUAAGAGGGAGAGCGACACUGGAAAUUCGUUCUCUCCGCAGACGAAGAAGCCAGCUUACGAAAUACCUAAAUAAUGACUUACGGAAUACAGAAUUUUGCACUUGUCCAAAAUGUAAAACAGCGAAGAUGAGAUUCAAGCUUACAAGGAAGAAGAAUGUAUUCAUCUCGUGAAAUGGAUACCCAAACUGUAACAAUAUUUUCAACUCCCCGAAAGGGAUCGAGAGGUUGCAAAUGCUAGACCGGCACUGUGAAAAAUGCCAGCGAGAGGGCCGAGGAGAGGUUAACUUAUUUAGACUCGAAUUCUAUACAGAUUUCUGUAACGAAAAUGUGCAAGAGCUUCUCCCGAUGCAGGACAACACAGCAGGGGAAUUUUGAUGAUACUUUGCUUGUGAUAAGGACUAUGUUAAAAUAAUUAAUGAGUUUUCGAAAUAUCCUCAAAAGGAAUACAGCACUGAGAGUCAUAAUCCAAAUGGAGUUCCAUCUUAUUACGCUAGAGAUGAUAGCAAGAAAAGAGUACCUAAAACAAAGAGGAGUGAUACAAAGAAAGUUAACAAAGGCAAGAAAAGCAAGAAUAAGACCAAGAAGAAAGAGGAGUCAAAAAAAACCGGAAAAAGACAAUUUAAGGAAUGAGCGCUUUGAGGCAAAAAGAGGCAUAUGAAAAAUUCCAACUGCCCUAAUAACAAAAAUAGAGCUUAA